AUGUCUAAACGGUGGCUGCUAGCCCUGAUGGCCCGUGUUGGCCUUAUUGUGCUGGGCCUGUGCUGCUGCCUGUCUCUGUUCUACCUGCUAGGCUGUAAGCCUGCAUCACGCAGCAGCCAGCAGUCCCCUCUGUGGUCUGGAGGGGCCACAACAAAGGAGGGAUACAUGGCAUUGUUGCAGGAGAGGGAGGACUCUCACAGACAUUACAUCAACAGCCUGACAAAGCAGAUAGCCCAGCUGAAGGAGGCCCUCCAGGAGAGGACACAGCAGCUACAGGAGUCGCUGGAUAAAGCGAAAACAAAAGGGAUUCUGCCUCUGGGUCUGGAGAGUCUGCAUAAAGCCCCGACACAGUCUGACCUGAAGGAGUUCUUCCGCUCCCAGCUGAACCAGGCAGAGGUUAACUCAGGUGUGAAUCUGGCCAGUGAAUAUGAAGUGAUACCUUUUGACACUUUCAACCUGCGGAGGGUGUACCAGCUGGAGACAGGGCUGACCAGGCACCCGGAGGAGAGGCCUGUGAGGAAAGACCGCAGGGAUGAGCUGAUAGGCACUGUGGAAACAGCUCUGCAUGUCCUCAAUGGACCUCAGCAACACAUAGACAACACCAGGCGGAAGCACACGUACUCUCCUUCAGACUUCAUAGAGGGACUGACUCGUACACAAAGGGGCAAAGGAACCAUUUACGACCUUAUGUUUAAAGGCGACAACCUUCAGGACUUCACACAGCUGGUGUUAUUCAGGCCUUUCGGUCCCGUGAUGAAGGUGAAGAGUGAGAGGAUUGACACACAGAGCACAGUCAUCAACAUCAUCGUUCCUCUUUCCAAGAGGGCCGACACAUUCAGGCAGUUCAUCAGCAACUUCAGAGAAGUGUGUAUCAAGCAGGAUGGCAGGGUCCAUCUCACUGUGGUCUACUUUGGUCGUGAUCAGAUUGACCAGGUGAAAGCCACACUGGACCAGACCACCAGGGAGACUCGGUUCAGGAGUUUCACAUUGAUCCAGCUGAAUGAGGAGUUUUCUCGUGGGCGGGGCUUGGAGGUGGGCACCAGGGCCUGGAGACGGACCCAGAAUGUCCUGCUCUUCUUCUGUGAUGUUGAUAUCCACUUCACCGCUGACUUCCUUACUUCCUGUCGCCUCAAUGCAGAACCUGGUAAGAAAGUGUACUAUCCAGUGCUCUUCAGCCAGUACAACCCAUCUAUCAUCUACAACAAUCAGACUCUUCUACCCUCUGUCCAACAACAACUGGUGAUAAGGAAGGAAACCGGUUUCUGGAGAGACUUUGGGUUUGGAAUGACGUGCCAGUACAGGUCUGACUUCAUGAACAUAGGUGGUUUUGACCGAAACAUCAAAGGCUGGGGCUUGGAGGAUGUGCGUCUGUACAGGAAGUACCUUCACAGUAAGCUGUUGGUGAUUCGCUCUCCAACUCGUGGCCUCUUCCACCUGUGGCACGAAAAGACCUGUGCAGAUGAGCUUCCUCCAGACAAAUACAAGAUGUGCAUGCAGACCAAAGCCAUGAGCGAAGCCUCACACGGUCAGCUGGGGGAGCUGUUCUUCAAACCAGUGAUUGAGGCUCACUUGAACUCCCAGAGGCAGAUAAACAGAGGAACAUAG